UCUCACCCUUGUCUUUUCCAAAAGAAAAAAAACAUGAACAAUAUGAGCACCCUCUUUCUCUUUCUCCUUCUUUCAACACUACUCAACGUUGGUUUGUGUGGACGCGACCUAGGAGAUAAAAACCCCUUCACGCAGAAGGCUUUCGUGGCACGCUAUUGGGACAGCCACGUCAUCAACAAGCUCCCAAAGCCGUCAUUCCUUCUUUCCAAAGCCUCUCCAAUGAGCGCCGCCGAAACGGCGUCGUUCGCCAAGCUUGCCGCCGCCAACACCCUCUCCACGCGGCUGCCGGAGUUAUGCUCCGCCGCGCACCUCCUCUGCUUCCCGGAGGUCCGCCCCAGCCUUGAGAAACACUCCGAAGACGUCGAUUUCACAACCUACAACGACGGGCAGAACUUCACCAACUACGGAACGAGUCGACCCGGCGGAAUCGACUCGUUUAAGAACUACUCCAACGACCUCUUCAGCACUCCGGUCAAUGACUUCCGCCGCUACAGCCGCGGCGCCGCCGGCCACGACGACAGCUUCGUCGGCUACGCCGGCGACACCAACGUCGCCGACCAGAGCUUCCACACAUACGGCACGAACGCCGCCGGCGGCUCCGGCGAGUUCAAGCAGUACGCUACUAGUUCAAACGUCCCCGACCUGCGAUUCACCACCUACUCCGACAGCACCGGCGGCAGGACGCAGUCGUUCUCCAGCUACAGCGAGGACGGCAACUCCGGCGGCCAGACAUUCUCCAGCUACGGCAAAAACUCCGCCGGCGCCGCCAGCGAGUUCACCGGCUACGGAACGGAAUCCAACGUGGCCUCGUCUAGUUUCACGAACUACGGCCAGAAAGGCGCGGGUCCCAACGACACGUUCACGAACUACGGCGUGAACAUGAACGUUCCUGAAGAGAAUUUCAAGAGCUAUGCAGAUGGAACCGUUGGUGGAACGCAGAGUUUUACCAACUAUAGAGACCAGGCUAAUGUUGGUGACGACUCUUUCCAAUCCUACGCUAAGAACACCAAAGAAGGGACUCAAGUUGAUUUCAAUAACUACGGUAAUUCCGCGAACCCAGGUACGGACACUUUCACUGGCUACGCUAAAGGAGCUCAAGGGGAUCACAAAGUUGGUUUCACUCGUUAUGGCGUUAACACUAACACCACGUUUAAGGAUUAUGCCAAAAAUGGUGUUUCCUUUGCUACUUACAACACCUCUUCGUCGGUUAGUGGCAAUUUGGUAAAAAGGUGGGUUGAACCGGGUAAGUUCUUUCGCGAGAAGAUGCUUAAGGAAGGAACUAUUAUGCCGAUGCCUGAUAUAAGAGACAAAAUGCCACAAAGGUCAUUUUUGCCCCGUUCUAUUUUGACAAAAUUGCCCUUCUCGUCUUCUAGGGUUGAUGAGUUGAAGCGUGUAUUCAAGGUUUCUGAAAACUCCUCUAUGGACAAGAUGAUUAUGGAGUCACUAGGCGAGUGCGAGAGGGCUGCUAGUGCAGGCGAGACCAAGCGUUGCGUGGGCUGUGUUGAGGAUAUGAUUGAUUUUGCAACCUCUCUUUUGGGUCACAAUGUAGCAGUUUGGACCACCGAGAAUGUGAAUGGGUACAAUAAGACUGUGAUGGUGGGUCGGGUCAAAGGGAUGAAUGGUGGCAAAGUGACUCAGUCUGUGUCGUGUCACCAGAGCUUGUUCCCUUACUUACUUUACUAUUGUCAUUCCGUCCCUAAGGUUCGGGUAUAUGAAGCAGAUCUUUUGGACCCAGAAUCUAAGGUGAAGAUAAAUCAUGGUGUUGCCAUCUGUCACUUAGACACCACUGCAUGGAGUCCCACCCACGGUGCUUUCUUGGCUCUCGGGUCCAGUCCAGGUCAAAUUGAAGUGUGUCAUUGGAUCUUUCAAAAUGACAUGACUUGGACUGUUGCUGAUUAAUUGAGGAAACUUAAGUUGAUUUGCUACUUCCGUGACCAAAUUGAAAUGAAAACACCUCUCUAAACUCGAGCUAACUCUAUGUUAGUGUGUUUAUCAUUUCAAGUUAUUGUUUUUCUUUCUUUCUUUCAAAUAAAUGGUGUCACCUUUUGGAAGAAGCCAUGUGUUUAUGUAAUGAUCACUUAAUUAUGAGUCUAAUGGUGUAUUAUACUAUUUAUGACUUCCACGUUGAGUAGAUGCAAUUGAA